AUUCAGCUGCCUUGAGCUGAAGGGCUUGGCAGAGGAUGAGGAUUAUCCAUUGAACUUGCUAGACACAUCAACGAUGCCAGGGGACUGGGGCUGGCUCACUUACCCAUCACACGGAUGGGAUUCAAUCAAUGAAAUGGAUGAGUUCUUCAGCCCUAUCCACACCUACCAGGUCUGCAAUGUCAUGACCCCCAACCAGAACAACUGGCUACGGACCAACUGGGUUCAACGGGAUGGUGCCCGGCGGGUCUAUGCAGAGAUUAAGUUCACGUUGCGGGACUGCAAUAGCAUGCCGGGUGUGCUGGGCACCUGCAAGGAGACUUUCAACCUCUACUACCUGGAGUCGGACCGUGACCUGGGCACCAGCACGCGGGAGAGCCAGUUUCUGAAGAUUGACACCAUUGCAGCAGAUGAGAGCUUCACCAGCGUGGACCUGGGCGUUAGGCGGCUCAAGUUGAACACGGAGGUGCGGGGCGUGGGGCCAUUGAGCAAGAGGGGUUUCUACUUGGCCUUCCAGGACAUAGGUGCUUGCAUCGCCAUCGUUUCGGUGCGGGUGUACUACAAGAAGUGUCCUGCAAUGGUGAGGAACUUGGCAUCCUUCUCCGAGGCUGUCACUGGCGCUGACUCGUCCUCCUUGGUGGAAGUGAGAGGAGAGUGUGUAGGCCAUUCGGAGGAGAGGGACACCCCCAAAAUGUACUGCAGUGCCGAGGGGGAAUGGUUGGUGCCCAUCGGGAAGUGUGUGUGCAGUGCUGGCUAGAGCCGUGGGAUUCCUGCGCGGGUGACCUGCGAGCUGGGCUUUUACAAGUCGGCGCCCGGGGAUCAGCUGUGCGCCAAGUGCCCCUCGCACAGCCACUCGGAGAGCCGGGCUGCCCGCGUGUGCCGCUGCGACAGCCGCUUCUACCGGGCUCUGCAGGACCCCCCCUCGGCCGCCUGCACGCGGCCCCCCUCUGCUCCCGUGAACCUGAUCUCCAGCGUGAACGGCACCUCGGUGGCGCUGGAAUGGGCCCCACCGCUGGACAUGGGUGGACGCUUGGACAUCCUGUACAACGUGGUGUGCAGGCGCUGCACAGGAGACGCCGGCCAGUGCGAGGCGUGCGGCACCGGGGUCCGCUUCGUCCCCCAGCAGAUGAGCUUGGCGCAGGGAGCGCUCACGGUCACCAACCUUCUGGCCCACACCAACUACUCCUUCUGGGUGGAGGCCGUCAACGGCGUGUCGGACCUCAGCCUGGAGCCCAGAAGAGCUGCAGUUGCCAACAUCACGACAAACCAGGCAGCCCCAUCCCAGGUGGUGGCAGUCCGUCAGGAGAGCACAGGCCAGAACAGUGUCACCUUGCUGUGGCAAGAGCCGGAUCAGCCCAACGGCAUCAUCCUGGAGUAUGAGAUCAAGUACUACGAGAAGGACAAAGAAAUGCAGAGUUACUCCACUCUGAAAGCCAAAGGCACCACUGCCACCAUCUCUGGGCUCAAGCCUGCGACCCGCUACAUCUUCCAGGUUCGGGCCCGCACCUCUGCUGGCUGCGGGAGGUUCAGCCAGACGGUGGAGGUGGAGACGGGAAAGCCAGUGUCUCUCCGAUAUGACACCAUGACCAUAGUCUGGAUCUGCCUGAUCCUCAUCGCUGGCCUUGUCACGUUGCUGGUGGUCCUAAUCUGCAAGAAGAGGCACUGUGGGUACAGCAAGGCUUUCCAGGACUCAGACGAGGAGAAGAUGCAUUAUCAGAAUGGGCAAGUGAAGUUCCCCGAGUCCAAGUUCUACGUCGAUCCCCACACAUAUGAGGACCCGUGCCAAGCCGUGCAUGAGUUCACCCGCGAAAUUGAGGCUUCCCGCAUCAAGAUUGAGAAGGUCAUUGGGUCUGGAGAGUCUGGAGAGGUGUGCUACGGCCGCCUGAAGCUGCCGGGGAAGAGGGAGAUCCCCGUGGCCAUCAAGGCGUUGAAGGCCGGCUACACGGAGAAGCAGAGACGGGACUUCCUGAGCGAAGCCAGCAUCAUGGCCCAGUUUGACCACCCCAACGUCAUCCACCUGGAGGGGGUGGUGACUAGGAGCAAAUUGGUAAUGAUUGUUACUGAAUACAUGGAGAACGGCUCACUAGACACCUUCCUCAGGAAACAUGAUGGGCAGUUCACCAUCAUCCAACUGGUGGGCAUGUUACGAGGCAUCGGGGCAGGCAUGAGAUACCUUUCCGACCUGGGCUACGUGCACCGGGACCUGGCUGCCCGCAACAUCCUGGUCAACAGCAACCUGGUCUGCAAAGUGUCCGACUUUGGUCUCUCUCGUAUCCUGGAGGAUGACCCUGAUGCCGCAUACACCACCACGGGUGGGAAGAUCCCCAUCCGCUGGACAGCCCCUGAGGCCAUCACGUACCGCAAGUUCUCCUCGGCCAGUGACGUGUGGAGCUACGGCAUCGUCAUGUGGGAGGUGCUGGCCUUUGGCGAGCGGCCCUACUGGAACAUGACCAACCGUGACGUGAUUAACUCAGUGGAGGAAGGCUACCGGCUGCCGGCUCCUAUGGGCUGCCCCACUGCCCUGCAUCAGCUCAUGCUGGAUUGCUGGCAGAAGGACCGCAACGAGAGGCCUCGCUUCUCCCAGAUCGUCAGCAUCCUGGACAAGCUCAUCCGCAACCCUGAAAACCUGAAGUGCACUGCCACUGUGAAUCGUUGUCCCUUCCCAGCUGCUGGGCUAACUCCCUUCCUCCAUCCUCCCAGGUUUACUCAGACACCGUUCGACAGGGGCGCCUUCGACUUCAGCAGCUGUCUCACAGUAGAGGACUGGCUGGACUCCAUCAGACUGGGGCACUACCGGGACAACUUCACCAUGGCAGGGUACUCCUCCCUGGGCAUGGUGAUGCGAAUGAACAUCGAGGACGUUCGGAGCCUGGGCAUCACCAUGAUGGGUCACCAGAAGAAGAUCUUGAACAGCAUCCAGGUCAUGCGCUCCCAGCUGCUGAACACGAAUGGUCCCAGGAGGCAUCUCUGAUCACCAUCUUUGCAGACCCGCGUCGGGCAUUCCUUAACACCCUGGCAAAGGGGCAGCAGGGUGGUGAGCAGGGAGAGGGGUGCCAGAAUAAGACCUGGAGCCCCUCCAGCAUCUCUUUGAUUCGAGCUCCAGUGGAAACAUGGCUUUCCAGAUACCUCGACAAUCCUGCU